AGAAUGUCGCGCAGCCUAAAAUACCCAAACAAAGCUGCAGUGCUCUCGCAUUAUGGGUAUCAUACACACACUGUAUGAUACGACAAGGCUGGACUCAAAAAGGUUCAAGCAAGAUGGAAGGUAGCCCGGGGAAAAUGCAAAAUAAUUGAUGUCAUUAUCUUUGAUAGAAGUUCGUACGGUGGAUGAAUAAUCGGAAAUUGUCGCAAAGUAUCGACAAUGAAGCGAUCGUUUCAAGAUUAUCUUUUCACACUGGCUGUUUUGACCAGCGUUGUACGACCGAUCCUUUCCCUGCCUCCCUCCAACUACUCCUGGGGCCUGGAGAAAGCUCUUAGGACGGAACUAUUUGAGAACGCGAAUUACUCCGCCUUCCAGCGACCGGUCAAGAAAGUGGACGUUAAGGUGGCGCUGACGUUACUGACCGUCAAUGAAUUAAAUGUGAGGGACCAGAUUCUGUCAGUGUCCGGUUACCUAUCUAUAAGCUGGGAUGACUGGCGGCUCUCUUGGAGCAACACUUCCGCAACAUCUCAAGACUAUAGCAACAUCGAUUCCUUGUUCAGCACCGAGGUGAACGUCUGGACGCCCGCUCUCAUCAUCGAGAACUCAAUCCAUGAUAUGUCAGUAAUUAGUGACAUCAAAAUUCCCAUGCGAAUCAAAAGUGAUGGGAAGAUUUUUUGGAGUCCCUCGGGAGUCUACAGAGUGUCCUGCGAGUCUGACAUUACCUACUACCCUCUAGACAGACAGACGUGCUUUAUAAAAAUCAGUACAUGGGGGUAUACAAAAUCAGAAAUAACCCUGUUCAUGGAUGAAAACACUCCGGUAGACACAACAUUUUACAGCGAAAAUGGCGAGUGGGACUUCUUGUCCAGCGCUGGCCACACCCCUAGCUCUCAGGUCCGGGGAGGGACUUGGUACUCUACUCUAUCGUUUUCCAUAACCCUGAGGAGAAAGCCUGUUUAUCACGCACUAAACACGCUGUUUCCGGUUAUCCUGAUGACGUUUCUGAUACCUAUGGUGUACAAGCUGCCGACCGAGUCCGGAGAAAAGAUGAGCUACAGUCUGACGGUUCUGCUCGCGUACGCCGUGUAUCUCUCCCUUAUAUCUGAUAACAUUCCUAGCACCUCUAAAAGCGUCUGCCUCCUUUCGCUAUAUCUUGGAGUGACCCUGGCUUUUAGCACCGUUUCUGUUAAUAUUGUCAUUUUCAUAAUAUAUGCGUAUUUUCAAGAAGAAAAGAAAGCCCCCUAUUGGGCAAACAGGAUAUACAAAAAGAUACAGACGAUGCGCGCCAAAAAGAAAUGUGACGCCGACGUAAACAAAGUGGUGCCCUCUAUCAAGGGAGAGAAGAAUGACACUGACGUUUUAGGGACAGUUUCAGAGAGUGAACAAAACAACAAUGAAAUGAACACACUGACUUAUCGCAGACUGUCGGAGAUUUUAGACCAUCUCUUUUUUGUAGUUUAUCUUACCGCCACAAUUCUGAUAACAAUUGUAUUUCUUGUUUCAAUUAUAAUCAAUUUCUACAGCAGCGACUAAUCAACAUGAUACCGGAUUGAUGCCUGUGUAUAUACUUACAUGUAACUCCAAAUAUAAAAUUAAUCGGAUUAUGGAUAUAAAGCUGUUUUUUAAGUAUCUUUAUAUCUUUUUGAAGCAAAACAUUUUUUGAAGAUUAAGAAUAUUCUGCAUGAAAAAGAAUUGGAAUUGGAAUAAAGCAUCAAAAUCCUGAUAAAAAGAUGUACGCCGAUGAUACAGAUACAAUUCUGUAAACCUUCCACUGUUGUUAAAUGGGAAUACUUUAACAAUUACCGCAACGUUAAGACCUCGAAAAAAAAUCCGAAGAACGGUUGAUUAAAUGAAGACUUCUGAAGACUUCUCUAAACACUUCUUUAAGACGAUAUUAAGAAAGAAAUUACUAGCAUUGUUCGACAAUUCCACAAAAUUGCGUCCAGGGCUGCUGAGGCGGGUACAAUCAGAGGAACGUUAAUGUCACAACGGGCGGCCUUUUUCCCCCCAUCUUCCUUAUCAUUUUUUGUAUUCAUUAUUAUCGACUUCGAAACUUCAAUUAGGAAACAUUGAUGAAAAAAUCUCAACCGAUUCCGUUGUGUUAAAUUCUGACCUGAAUGGCAGUUCAAAUGAGUUUACAACUAAGUUCUCCAAAAUUGUAGCCUAUAGUUUACUGCAUAGCUAAUAUCAAAGAAAGGAAAUUCAAAUAUUCUCUAUUUAAAUGGGAAAUCGUUUUUUGAAACAUUGUUUCAAUUGGUUUUAAGGUCAGAAAAAGUUUUAAGCCAAUUCUUGAAUUAAGGUCUUGCGAUUAAGACUACCGGUCAUAAAUCAAUUAAAUACCAAUGGCGUAUACAGAGAAUAAUAUACCUAAGGAAAUUGGUAUUGAUAAAUAUUAACACUCUCAGUAUGCAUUGUCAAAAACAGAACAAUUGGAAAAUUAAAGCGCAGAUCGAAAAUGGACAAAAAAUGUUUGGUCUAUCUGUUAACAUACAUUAAAUGUUUAUGUUAUAUUGAUCAUUUAAAACGACAAUACAAUAAAAAAAAUUGUGCUUGCUGUCCGCAAAAAUGUUAUUUGGUAUGAAUUCACAGACAUUUCAUACAUACAGUCAACUGAAGAAAUCGUGGAAUUAGAAUUUAUAUAUUCAUGCAAGAGCAAUUAAAAUUGAUCGAUUUCAACUUAGUCCGAAGAUUUACCUAAAAUAAAAAUGGACAUCAAA